GCCAGCCCGAGGAUGGGAGACACAAGCCAGCCUACAGGCUUAGAUAAAAAACCCUCGGUUACCUUUGAGUCUCAGAUAGACUGCAGACGACAGAUUCAGUCCUUACCACGUGACUUCCGACAACACGAUAGUUUAACCAACGAUAUAAAAGUAUCAGCAAAGUUUUACUCGGUCCCCAGACAUUUACAAGCUGAUGUAGAAUUUAAGCCGCCAAAGCGUAAAGGUGGCCUACCCAGGUUGUUAGACUUGCUGACGCGUAGAGCAUCUAAGGAGCUACAGUAUUACAAACAGGAAAACGACAGCACGGAAGGUUCCACUGAAAGAGACAGCGUUCAUCAAGAGCGUCACGAUGACGUGACGUCAUCACGACCGACUUCUAUCCUUUUACGCCCAUGGCUGGCCACAGAAAAGGAAGCUGCUAGUUUGACAGGCCUGUCCAAGUCUCCCUUACUAAGCAGUCCCGAGGUGACGGAGAGUGCCUCCCUCACCCCAAGCCUACUGAACAUUCUUCAGAUCAUCCAGACAUCUUCUGUGUACCUCAGUGACCCAGAGCCCCCGUGGAUAAGAGAGGAAAACAUCCCUGUGAUUGCUCAUAUUGAGUACAAGAGCACCCGGCCCGAGCAUCUCUCCUUCAAAGUGGGCCAGCUGAUUUUUCAGAAAAGGGGUGUAGACGACAAUGGCCUUGCUCACGGGACCAUGAAGAGGCACAGGUUUUCCAAACAAAAGACUGGUUAUUACCCAGCCAAUUACGUCAUACCAAAGCCAGUGAAGGAACCAUUUCAGAUUUUCAGACUGUUCAGACGAAAUCUUUCUCGGCGAUUUACCCGUGGAGGGACAUCGGAGAACCCCAUAGGUGAAACCAAGAUGGAAGCUAGUCAGAGGAGUUCUCUACCCUUCCUCAGAAUGUCCAGCAGACCAGGGACAUGCACUAUUUAUCCGGUAGUAGACUGGAACAAUUCCAUAUCUUAA